AUGGAGCCGGCGGCGGGCGCGCAGCCCCAGCCGCAGCCGCAGCACGAGCCCAUCAGCUUCGGCAUCGACCAGAUCCUGAGCGGCGCCGAGCCGGACGCCGCUCCCCCGCCGCCGCCGCCGCCCCCCCGGGGCCCCGACGGCGCGGCCUUCCUGGGCGGGCGCGGCGGAGCGCCCUACCCGGCGCUGCCCGCGCCCUUCCCCGCCAUCGCGGCGCCCUUCGAGGACUCGGGUUCGUACGGCGUCAACCUGAGCCUGGCCCCGGGAGGCGUGAUCCGGGUGCCGGCGCACAGGCCCAUCCCCGGGGCCGUGCCGCCGCCCAUCCCCAGCGCCAUCCCCGCCGUGCCCGGCCUGGGCGGCCUCAACUUCCCGUGGAUGGAGAGCAGCCGCCGCUUCGUCAAGGACCGCUUCACGGCGGCGGCGGCGCUGACGCCGUUCACGGUGACGCGGCGGAUCGGGCACCCCUACCAGAACCGGACCCCGCCGAAGCGCAAGAAGCCGCGCACGUCCUUCUCCCGGGUGCAGAUCUGCGAGCUGGAGAAGCGCUUCCACCGCCAGAAGUACCUGGCGUCGGCCGAGCGCGCCGCCCUCGCCAAGUCCCUCAAGAUGACGGACGCCCAGGUGAAGACCUGGUUCCAGAACCGGCGCACCAAGUGGCGGCGGCAGACGGCGGAGGAGCGGGAGGCCGAGCGGCAGCAGGCGAGCCGGCUGAUGCUGCAGCUGCAGCACGACGCCUUCCAGAAGUCCCUGAACGAGUCGAUCCAGCCCGACCCGCUGUGCCUGCACAACUCGUCGCUGUUCGCCCUGCAGAACCUGCAGCCCUGGGAGGAGGAGAGCGCCAAGAUCCCCCCGGUCACCUCCCUCGUCUGA